CCGACCGAGGACCACUUCCGAUUGAGGAAGGAAGCCCGAGUGGCAUCUACGCUUUGCGCGGCUCCUCCCCCAGGUUGGUCGUCUCUUGACAUCGUCCAACGCCACCAUGCCUGUUCAGCCUCUGCCGAAGGAGAUGGAAGGGGAAGGCGAUUCAGCCAUGGAAAUGAACGGUGAGGAAGAGAGCGAAGAUGAACGCAGCGCAAGCCAGUCGGAAUCCGAAGAGGAGAGCUCGGAGAUGAACGAUGAAGAUUACGAACGGCGCCGGGCAGAAUGCGUGGAUGAAAUGCUGGAUCUGGAGAAGCAGUUUACUGAAAUCAAAGAAAAGCUGUUUAAGGAACGUCUGAAUCAGAUGAAGGCAAAAUUGGAAGACGUGAUGUCGGGAAAAGCCCCGGAAUACCUCGACCCCCUGGCCGUUUUGCAGAAUCACAUGGAGAUCCAGAUCGAAGUGGCUGGGAUUUAUCGAGCUUUGUGCCUGGAAGUCAUCAAACACCGCCAUGGGUGCGAGCUUCAAGGAGCACAGCAACACCUGGAGAGUGAGAAAGUGCUGCUCUUCGACAGCCUUGAAGAACGCCUGCUGGAGCGCAUCCAGCGGCUGGAAGAUGACAGGCACAGCGUGGGCCUCACUUCCGAGUGGUGGGAUGGCAAACUUCGGCCCAAGCACAUCUCCAAGGAAUGGGAUUCCCUCUGGCCCAGCAAGAGGAAGAAACCGCCUUUGGUGUCCGGCCCAUACAUCGUGUACAUGCUGCACGAUAUCGACAUCAUGGAAGAUUGGACGGCUAUCAAAAAGGCAAAAGCUGCUGUAUCCCCUUCAAAGAGGAAGCUUGAAGGCCCGCUGAAGGCUGAGAAGCUGUCUUCGCCGCCCCUCUUCGCCGCCCACAUCGAGGAGGGCCACCUGCAUUACGAGGGCGAGGUCUACGUCAAAGGGGAGAGCAUCUUCCUGCAAGUGGGAGACGAGACCCCCGUCCAGUGAGUUGCAAAGAGGGGGGAGG